AUGCGAGGUUAAGGAAGUGAUCAAGGUUCCAAGGCUUAUGCAGGCAAAUGAUGUUCAAUAGAUAUUAUUGACUUGGACAUGUUGCAUACUGGAUAUAGGCUUUAUUCUACAAUUUCUUGUAGAUUAUGAGAUAUACAAUUUUGUAACGAAACUUAAGGAUAGGCUUUGAGAUGGUGAAAACAAGUGAAACAUUUUGGUCAGUAAAGAUAGCUGAAUUCAAAGGGCAGCAAAACAGAACAGAGUCAGAAUGCUCUUCCUUUCUCUAUGACAUUCUACAGGGUUUAUAUGAAGACAUAUCAGAGACAACAAAAAUCGAACUGCUGCUUGUGCUUCAAGAGUAUGGAGAAUCUUUGAUACAGUCUCAAGAGCUCGCUGAGCAUGCUGUUGGUUCUAUAAAAUGUAUCCUCAAAGACCUUCUUGCAGACCAACAUGACACUCAUUAUGUUAUCAAUUGUCUGGUAACAACAACUACACUCAUCAUUCAGUUUGAGCUUAAUCAAUUGAAUCCACAGCUUGUCAAAGAAAUAACACAAAUAUUUGUUGACCUGUGCAAAAGAGUCAAUAUUCCCAGUGAAACACUCGUAAGAAAAGUUGCUUGUGACUGUCUCUUUGAACUAGAAACAGCCAUCCCUUCUAUCCUAUCAAAGUGCAUAUAUUUGUUGUUUGAUCUGACAAAGAAAGAGAAAUCGUUUGCAUCACAGAGUUAUAUGCUACUGCUUAGCACCGUGUUAUGUAACAUUCUGCAGUAUAAUGAAUCUGGAUGUCAGGACCUGACAUACUAUGAGGAUUUCAACAUGACACACCAUGGAAUUGGGGAAAAAGAUGAACAGCAAAUCACAUCAUUUCUGGCAGGUGAUCUGAGCAACAUGUCUCCAGUUAUCCUGUGGCAAAUAGGCCAAAAAAUUGGGUUUCUGUUUGAAAAUCUCCACAUGCCAAAGGUUGUUUUGCAAAACAAGAUGGUACAAUGCUGCUAUUCAACUGAUCUGCAAGUAAUCCAUCUUGGCUUACUGCUUGCUUUUGAUCAUUUGCAAGGAGUUAUUACUUCACAGGAUUUGAAUGCUCUAGCCCAUUGUUUGUUGAGGUUGAUAAAACUACCUGUUUUUCCAAAUGGUGUGGUUUUGGUGUGCCUGCAAUGGUUUUUUGAAGUAGUUAGACAAAUUGAUUUCCUAGGUGACUCAGAGUUUUUGCUUCAAAAUGUUUUUGAUGAAAUGAUCAAGACUUUUCCUUUUGAUCCCAUAAAUAUCAUUAAUGGAAAAAUUGACUUGGUUGCAAACUUACUGCAAAUAAACCCAACAGCCUUUGAUUUUAUGAAAAGCUUAGAAAUACCUUUGAAGAUGGUGAAUAAUGGUAUAGGUGGUCAAUAUAGUUCCUUGCUUUUUAAGGCAUUUUAUUUCAGAUUCAACCAGACUGGUGACAAAAAAGAGAAAGAGAGAAUUGCAAAGAGGAUUGUUCAUAUGACCAUUAAGAUGCCAAAGUUGCUUGGGUACACCAUUGACUUUAUAAUGGGAAUCAAAAAAGGGCCUGAAGAACAAAUAAAACAAAAUAUUAUUCAUCAGAUAGCAGGCUUCAUUCUUAAAUUAGAAAAGGCACAGUUCCUUGCUCAAUCAGAUAAUUACUUUCCGUUGAUUGAGCAAGCCUGCUCAGAGGCUCGCUUGUGGCCCUAUGGAGUUAUCAAAUGGUUGAGGUCUUUAUGUCUGACAUCAACCAUUUAUACAGAUGGUAUCAUUUAUGGCGAGUGGAUGUUUGGCAGCCAAAUUUUGUCAGUAUGCAAGGCGAUUCUAAGAACCCAUGAUUCACUGCAGAUACUACAAGAGCUAGCUGACUUUUUAUGGUUUAUACACAAAAGAUAUCAAGAUCAAGAUAUCAGAGACAGAGCCCUGUUCUUCUACAUGAUAAUUGGCUGUGCUUCACCAAAGUACUUUACUAAGCUUUUUGCCCAGCCUGGAAUAGAAGCUAACUCCAAAUCAGCUAGCAAAAAAGGAGAGGUUGAGAUUCCUGCUGACUUAGUUCAGGGGGUACUGCCAACUAUUCGUCUAGAUUCUCCAUGUUUUACUUUCAAUAAAUUUGUUCAACAGAGAAGCCAAAAAGUGAUGUGCUUGAAAGAAAGCUUAUAUACAGAUGUGGAAACAUAUAAAAUGGUCCUUGAACAAUUCGCUGAUAAAAGUAUUGACCUUGAUAUAAAGGUUGCAUUCAGGGAAGAUGUAGCCAAUAAUGCACCAUCAAAAGUAUAUGCCUUGACAAUAAAAUUCAACAGCAAUGGAAAGUGCAAAGAAAUACCUGAUGCUCUUGUACCAUACACAUGUGCAAAAUCUCAAUCUAGGCAACAAGCUAACAAGGAGCAAGUAGUCAAGCUGAAGUUGUAUCCAGUUGACUCUUUACCAUUCAAAGUUGCUGUAAGCUGCACUUUUAUGAAUGAACAAGGAAGAAUAUGUGUUGCACCAGCUAAACCACUUCAGUUGAAUUUCUUUGACUUUUUCCAGCCACUUAUAUCAGCUUCUGAUGAUACUGAAAAUGGAUUAGAGAAAAGGGUUUUGUUUGAGUGUUUGUGGAAGCACUUUAAGAAAAACCAGAAGACAAUGGGCUCAUCAGAACAGACUUGUGCACUGUCAGUUAAAAGAUUGGACAUCUCAGAGAACAAAAUCAGCGAAGUUUUAGAAAAAGACCUAAUAGGGUUCUGUGUUGAAAAGACCAAGCAAAGAUAUAAGAUUGGUGUCUUUCUGUCACCUGCAAAUCAUAUAUUGAUGGACAUCAAGGUGGCAAAUGAAGAAACUAUGGUCUGGAUCUGCAUAGAUAACUGGAAAUUCUUGGACUUGGUUGGUGACUUUCUUGAUGAGCUUGUCUUAUCAAACAAAUGAGUUUUAGUAUGUAGGGAAGCAGUUGAACAAUAUUAUAUAAAUACCUUUAUACAUCUGAUACACUUUGAUCUGCUAUUUUAGUUGUCUAAAGAAAUUUAUUAAAUACAUAUAGGUUUAGAGACCAAUGCAAUUUAUAAUUUCCUUUUAAAUUUUUGAUUUAUAAAUACUUCCCCAACAUGUUAUUGCCAAGUUGUUGAUUUUGACAAAUCAACUCGUGAGGAUGAAUGUGUGGUAUGUUUUACAUUCAGCUCAUCUUGUGUUAUAAACCCCAGAAUGUUGUAAGUGCCAAUACAUAAACAGUCAAUAAAUUGGCUUUGUAUGGAGCAAUUUUUCCCAAAUGGGCCAUAUUUAUUGAAAGAAAACCAUUCAAGAUUUUUCCUUGCCCAUACAAGUUCCCUUUGGAAAUUUGAGACCGCAUCUCUGAAAUCACACACACACUUAGAAACUCAAGGUGUUAAUAGUUAUAAACUCUUUGUUUUCACUUCCACUGACCUUUUUCAAAACAUAAUUUUAUCCAAAUCUGUUCCCAUCCAUCUUGCUCCCAGACAGAGAUAGGAACACCCACAUCAAAGGUGCAUUGCCGCACAUACAGUGGCAGUAGCAGCUACUGUCGAGUGGGUGUGUAAUGGGUGUGAACAGUGAGACCACGCCCUUUUGCCUUGUUUCAGUGCUUUGUACCAGGUAAAUUUUCCUUACUCAGAUGAAAAUAUGAUCUACCCCUAUCUAGCUCUCUUUAGUUUCUAGUAAAAAUAUGCCGACCAUGUAAUUACACCCCUCAUACCACCCUUGGUGCUGCCUCUGCAUACAUAUUUAGAUAUAAUGGCUUUAGUCACGAAGAGAGAAUUCCAAAAAAUUUUCUUGGCUUUAUAAUAAUUCUUCUUUUAUUAGUGACAAGUUGCUGGUUGUCAAGAUGACAAAAGAAAUUAAGGCAAAAGAUCCACAUUGAACAGAUUUUAGCAGUAUCAUAAAGACCCAUUCAAUCCACGUUUGAAGAACAAAACUUGAAUACUAUGAAAAAAG